GUAUAUUGAGAUAGCACUGAAUUGAAGAUUGAAGCUGAGUGUGAAGUGAAGGCCUUCCCGGGACUACAAUUUAUGUGUGGUUCGUUCGUGCUUUUGUUCGGUGUUUUGAUUUACAAAUCGUAUAUUGUUCAAAACUAUGGCGAAUAAACAAGAACAAGUUCUUAUCAUAGAUCCACAGAAUGAACUCAAAUUCAGAGGUCCAUUUACUCAGCCGGUGACAUCGUAUAUCAAAUUAUCAAACCCAACCACCACCCCAGUGGUUUUCAAGAUCAAAACCACUGCUCCAAAAAGGUAUUGUGUCAGACCAAAUGCCGGAGUGGUAGAACCCAAAUCUCUCAUACCAAUCGCAGUAUCUCUACAACCAUUCGAAUUCGAUCCAAAUGAAAAGAACAAACACAAAUUCAUGGUGCAAACUAUGAUUGUUCAAGACUCGAGAGUUAAUCUGGAAACUCUGUGGAAAGAGGUGGACUCAGAAAAUUUAAUGGAUUCAAAAUUGAAGUGUGUGUUCGAAAUGCCAGUGGAUGGAGAUGCGCCCACUUCUGCGCCAUCUCAAGCUUCCAACGACAAAGUAGACUCAUCCAAUGAAGAAAUGAGAAGGAUUGGAGAAUCGCAAAGUGGAAGUCCAGAUAGCGGUGAACUAGCUAAAGCAGCGAAAGAAGUCAAAUACCUCAGAGAAGAGGAAAGCAGCUUACGUUACGAAAACUUGAAACUAAAGGAGGAGGUGGAAGUGUUGCGACGCAAACUGCAGCAGUCGGCGCACAGCGGCGGUGGCGGCGGCGGAGGUCUGCAGAAAAGCUCGGCGCCAAACUCCAUCACAUCCAACCAGGGUUUCAUGAUACUAUUUCUAGGAACAGCAAUAGGAAUGGCUCUGAUAGGUAUUUGGCUGGGCAAGUACAUGCUCUGAACGCAUGCUCAUAACGUCCUACAUCAUUGUCCUGUCCUUUCCAAAUUGUCCAUACAUCAUAUUAGUAGACAUUCCCUCACCCCUCCUUUGCUCCUUCCCCCCGCUCACCCCCCGCAUCACUCUUUCUCUCAUCUUCUCUCUAUCUACUCCCCUUUCGAAACAGACCUUUCACCACUAAUCAUGCUAUUAAAAUGAUACAUAAUGAUACAUUAUUGUCUCUUGAGAGAGGCUUUAAGAUAUGUUGAUGAUAUUAUCUUACUCUUCGAUAUAAUGAGAGAAAAUGGUUACAGUUGAUUAGAAAUAUAUUAAUAUAACUUCCCAGGUUUGGUGUUUUGAAAAAGGGGGCUUUGAUUUAUGUGUAUACGUAUGUUUCAAUUAUGUUUUCUCUGUUCUGUUUGACAAACUAAUUUUUAGCGCUUGCCCAGAAGACAAAUGCAGUCUGGCAGAUACGCUCCUUUCAAAUUAGUCAAGGUUGUUCAUGAUAUUAAUGCGCAGCGCAGCGCAGAGUAUUGUAAAUGCCGCACGGCCAUGUUGCAUUAUUGACAAAGUUAUUGUAAAUAGCUUGUAAUUACAAAUUAAGAAAAUUGAAAAUUUCAAAUUGGCGGCCGAUCUAAUUUAUAUAUUCGAUUGAAUAAUUUAUUGAUUACUCAUCAAUUUAUAAUAAUCACUUAUCUGUCUUUGUACAACUCGUUGUAAAUAAUGAAAAAAGUUGAGAACUUUAACGGAUAAUACUCAUUUACAGUUUGAUAACUAAUCACUCCGUCAUUGUAAAAUUCAACUCAUUGAAAAUUAAUUUCUCAUUUUUCUAUUACUAUCUAUUAAAUGGUGAACGGCAUGAUAAAAGAUCGCUGUUUCCGCCAUUGUUAAAUACACGUUUUAAAGUGUUGAAUUUUUCUUAUCUGUAAUUACACGCUGGUAUUAAAAUAAAAUCUGUUUUGUAUUGUAUGUGGCUUGAUUCAUUUUUAAUCCUGCUACAUAGUUUUAACCUUUAUUAAAUUUUAGUGUGAACCCAUCGUAAUAAUUUAGGUCCAAUCGAGUUUCGAAAUCAAUGAGUGAAUAAAUUAGUGGCUAUGUAAUGCAACCGAAUUGAUUUUAUUUUUAAAAUUAUUGUAUCAAAUUAAUAAUGAUCAGUUACUGCAUUUAAUUGGAAUUUACAUUCGUAUCUAUUAUGGAAGAUUGUUGAACGUGUCUAAUUGUUUACUUCAAUUUGUUAAAAUGUCAGUUUCUCAUAUUUAAACUUUCUAAUGUUUGCUAGCUCUUGAAAAUUCAUUGUUUUGUUUCAAACAAAUUUAAACUUUUUAAUGUUUGCUAGCUUUUGAAAAUUCAUUGUUUUGUUUCAAACAAAUUUACAAGUGAUUGUUUUUGAACGAUUGCUCUAUUGUACUAAUUUAAUAUUAUUUCACUUGAUCCACAAAUUCUAAUGAAAGCUAUAUUAAUCAAUGUAGAAAAGUUUCAUGUAAGAUACAAUUUAAUAGAAUUAUAUAACUUGCUUGUUCAAUAAAAUUGUUCUCAUUAAUCAGUUUCAGUUAUUGAUUGAAAGUAAUAACAAGCAUUUUACAAAGUCAUAUAUGGGAUUGAAACAUCCAGAUAUGUAAAUACAUUUUUCCGGUGCUUGAAUAAUGGAUAUAAUCCAUCUUUUAUGCCUUCAUAUUUGCAUUUGAUUCUUAGGUGUUUGUCGUUUGCUUUGACUUUAUAAUUAUUGUACUGUAUUAUUUGAAUUAUUUGAAGCUGUCCCAAUAUGCACUAUCACGUCAUUUCCUAGAUUUCGAUUUAUUUACCUUGAACUUUGAAUUUAAAUAAUUUUGCCAACUGUCUCACUGGAAUUUUAAUAAUUUCGAAUCCACGUACGUAUUGUUUAUAGGGAUCACAAUUAUGUCUGAGCUGCUUUGGAAUGAAUCGAACUUUUAUGCUGGUUAAUAGAGUAGUGACAUGAAAGAAAGGAAACCAAUUUAUUGAGUUAUUUUACCAUAGACUGAAAUGCAAAUCAUAAAUAAUAAUCUAUAAUACAUUAGGAUUGUUCUCUAUUCUAAGUGCAUUGUCAUUCGUUGCAUUUUCGUGUUUUUUGGCAAAUCUACUUACCUCUCAAGAAUUUACUUCAAACUUUCUGUUAUGACUAUUAUUAUAAUAUUAUUGAAUAGUCAACUUAUAAAGCUUUGCAUCACAUUUUCUGUUUGCGGGAAUACAUUUGAACAGCGAACUAAACUAAGUCCUUGUAAAUAAAGCACUUCAAUAAAACAACAUCUCUCUAUUCUCACUUGAGUGUUCUAAUCAUAUUACAUUGUAUUUGCUUUUUUGACUAGUAUGAGUGUGUGUGAGGGUGGUUGUGCGAAUGAAUGAAUGAGUGCUAGUUGGUUCUCAGUUUGUUGAUAAAAAGCAACAAUAACAAAAUUUUGAUUUUAAAAUUAUUUUGUACAAUGCUGUGUUAUUGAUUGAUAGUUAUGUAAUAAUUAUAGGAUGAAUAAUUUGAAAUAUAAUUAAUGAGUAUUAACAGUAUAAAUUGUUUGUUGCUGCAGCUCUAGCAAUGUAGAAAUUAUAAAUGGCAAAAUAAAGUUGUUAAUUAGGA